AUGGCACCCUCAUGUUUCCUUCUUUUAUCCCUUCUGUUCCUUUCAUCCUCUGCAAGUGGUGUUCUCCAACAUCCUGAAGAGGGAUUCAUCUCUGUCACCAUAUCUGAUAAGGGUCUUGAUUUUGCCAAGGAUAUUCUGAUAGACCAAGCUAUUGCCUCUAUUCUGCUGUCUGAACUGCCACAGAUUGAGAAGAAUGUCCAAGUUCCUCUUGUUGGAAAAGCCAAAGUUGUUCUUUCUGAAAUCACUAUCAAUGAUAUCCAAGUAAAUUCUUCAUCUGUUAAUACAGGAGAAACAGGCAUUGCUCUUGUUGUUGCAGGUGCCACUGCUAACUUGAGUUUCAAGUGGAGGUACUCUGCCAGCAGUUGGUUAGUCCCAAUUGGAAUUUCGGAUAGUGGAACCGCAACUGCAAAGGUUAAUGAUUUACAAGUUGGACUUACUGUGAAUUUAACGAAUCAAGAAGGAACUCUUAAGUUGCUUCUCCUGGAUUCUGGAUGUCAUGUUAGAGAUUUAUCCAUAAAGUUGCACGGUGGAGCAGCUUGGCUUUACCAAGUGCUAGUAGAUGCUUUUGCAGGAAAUAUAGCAUCUGCAGUUGAAGAGGCAAUUUCUGAGAAAAUAAAUGAGGGGAUAUCAAUUCUUGAUGUUUUAUUGCAAUCUCUUCCAAAGACUAUCCCAUUAGACGAAACAGCUGCACUGAAUGUUUCUUUCGUGGACAAUCCUGUUGUAAGUGAUUCUGCUAUUGAAUUAGAAAUUAAUGGUUUGUUCACAGGGAGGAAUGAAGUUUUGGCACCUCGAGGUUACCACAGAGGUUCACACAUUUCUGUUUCCCGCCGUGACCGUUCACCACAGAUGAUAACCAUUUCAUUACAUGAAAAUGUUUUCAAAUCCGGUUCCUUGGUUUACUUCACUGCAGAUACCAUGCAGUGGACUGUUGAUGAACUACCUGAUCAGGACCUUCUGAACACUGCUGAAUGGAGAUUCCUUAUUCCUCAAUUAUACAAGAAAUAUCCAAAUGAUGACAUGAAUCUUAAUAUCUAUUUAUCUUCUCCACCGGAUAUACAAGUGACAAACAAAGAUGUUGGUGUCAAAAUUUCCAUAGAUAUAAUAAUUAAUGUUCUAGAAACUGGUGAAGUCAUACCUGUUGCGUGCAUCUCGGUGGAUUUUAGUGCAUCUUGUGCUGCGGAGAUCAUAGGAAACAAUCUUGCUGGUUGGCUUAAAUUGAGAAAGUUUUCCGCAUACUUGAAAUGGAGCAAAAUAGGGAAACUGCACAUGAAUCUGAUUCAGUCUGUGACAUCAGCCGUCCUCAAAACCGUCCUAGUACCAUACCUGAACACACAGUUAAUGAGGGGAAUUCCAUUGCCAAUUCUUAAUGAUUUUGCUCUUGAGAAUGCUCGUAUAUUGUAUGCUCCCCCAUGGAUUACUGUGUGUAGUGAUGUUUCUUUCUUCGGAGACCAUUAUCUCAAACAACUACCAGCUUAUGUAUCAUAA